AUGCAGCAGCGGAAGCACAUCUGCACACGUUGCCAAAAAGGCUUCAGAACGGCUCAUGCUAAGCAGCAACGUAUUUUAGAUUCACCCAAUCACUGGGUCUGCCAUGAAUGCUCCUCGCCGUUAGAUUAUUCAACCGAAGAAGAGCUGAACGAGCAUCUUGAACAUGAUCAUCACAUAUGUACGACUUGUGAUCGAAAGUUCAGCGCCUCCCGCCAGCUAUUCCAGCACGACAUAGAUAAGCACAAUAUGUGUGCAUUGUGCCGUCGAUAUUUUAAUAACCCGUCUAAUUUGAAAAGUCAUAAGAUUUCUCAUGCUAAAAGGAACAUUGGCUGCCCUGGCUGCUCUCGUCGGUUCCCCACGAAUUCCGCAAUGAUGCUGCACCUCGAAGCUGGGACAUGCGAUUCCGGCGUCGAUGUCGACAUGAUAAACCAGCUAGCUUUUGAGUGCUACGAAGCACUGCAGUAUAAGUCUUCGAAUGCGAACUUCAACUUCGAAUGCCCAACCUGCCAAACACCAUUCGCUUAUAUGAGCGGUAUCUUGCAGCACGCAGAAAGUGACAUUUGUGAAGUAGGCUUGGAUAGUAUAAGUCCGCUUAGGAUAUUUCUUGAAUUUGCUCGGUCUAGCAUCGAGUGCGAAAGCAGCGACUCCUGA